AUGUCAUGGCCUAUUAUAAUAUACAGGCAGGAAACAGUGGCAUUGAUCCGACCCAGCUCGAGGGCGGGCAACAGCAGUUUCCAGAGUAAGUAUGUGCUGCCAGAACUUAUCUAUUUGCUGCAGGCAGGCUCGCGCAAACCUCACUCUCCUCAUCAUCCACCAGAAUUGCACAUCACCGUUUCUCCGCCUCCUCCUAACCCUGCACCAUGGGGAUUCGGAAUUGACAAAGACCCCGUCAUGGGGUUUCCGGAAUUCGCGAUUAUGCUGUAG